AUGACUUCGACAAUACCGCAACCAACUCGGUUGCCAUCUAACCCGCCUCCUCGAAGCCCUCCGACAUCAGCCCUUCCUCCGAUACCAUCUUCGAAAACUAGAAAGAGCAUGCCCGGGCCCGGCGACUCGGUUAAGCUCUACGCAGCUUCCCCCCUUCCGUCAAAAUUACGAACCCCCUCCGCCGCCCAGACUAAAUCUGCAGUUCCAUCCAACCUCGGACUGUCGUCACUUUCACCGAGUAAAAGCUCUUUCAGGUCUCCAUCGGUAUGCCUUACCCCUGGAAGCCCAGAAAAAACCGUACGCCGGACCGUGAGCAUCGCUUCAUUCCCUCAACCCCCAAAAGCCAGCCGGCCAUCUCUCUCCGCUCAAUCUUCCUUCUCGGGAAUCCCUCCCGAUAGCCCUAAAGCACUGCCAACUUCCAGGACAAAGAAAAAGGCUCCGCGCAUAGAUACAGGGGCGGGGUCGCAGCUAAAGAACUCAAAAACUCCAAGUCUGCUCAACGGCAGCGGAGAUGGUAAAUCAAUCCCCAACUCUCGUAACUCGGGCGGCCAUGCCAGCAUAAUCUCGCCUACGCAAAGCCGCUGUUCCUCUACCCAGGACUCAUAUUCGACCAGUGCUACUACUUAUGAUGAUAACGAAGAGGGCACACGGCGAGGGAGAGAUGGUGUUGAUGACUCGACAGGAAGUUCAAAUCGAAAUUCCAAGGGCAAAGAAGGGAAAGGAAACGUUCUGGUAAGCGUGAGAGUUCGACCAGACCUGUCAUCUGGAGAGGGCAAAAACUCUGAAGGCGAAUGGCUGGUCGACGGUAGAAGGAGUUUGGUUUCAUAUAGAGGAAAAGAAGGCGGAGAUUAUUUUUACGAUAAUGUUUUCACCACGCAUGAUAAUAAUGCUAAGGUCUACGAUGCAUCUGCGAAACGACUGGUCCGCCGUGUUAUGGAAGGUUACCAUGGCACGGUUUUUGCUUAUGGAAUGACUGGCACCGGAAAGACGUUCUCAAUGCAGGGAACUGCUACAUCGCCCGGUGUCAUACCGCUCGCCAUCACAGAUAUUUUCUCCUAUAUUCGAGAAACACCCCACCGCGAAUUUUUGCUCCGAGUCAGUUACCUAGAGAUAUACAAUGAGAAGAUCCACGAUCUAUUGUCCAUGUCCGCGUCAGGGCAAGGAAACGGCGGAAAUGGAGCUCAAGGACAACAACAGGAAGAGAUCAAGCUGCGCGAGGAUAGCAAGCGAGGAGUUUAUGCUACACCGCUCAAAGAGGAGAUAGUUCAAAGUCCAACACAGCUGCUACGAGUUAUCGCCAGAGGAGACCAUUCCAGGAGAACGUCUAGUACGCAGUUCAACUCGCGAAGUUCUCGAAGUCACGCUGUCGUCCAGAUUGUGGUGGAGAGCAGAGAGCGAGCUCCUGCAGCAGGACAUGAGAAACGUGCUGCUAUUGCGCCUGGCGGAGUUCGCGUGUCAACAUUAAGCCUGAUCGAUCUCGCUGGUUCUGAACGUGCUGCAGAAAGCAAGGAGCGCAGAGCAGAAGGUGCCCAUAUCAACAAGAGUUUACUUACCCUUGGAACAGUCAUUGCUCGUCUAAGCGUUGAGAAGGAAGGCAAAAAUGGAGACAAGGAAGGGAAACAUUUACCUUACAGAGACAGCAAGCUCACUCGAUUACUUCAACCGGCGCUCUCUGGUAACUCCCUUGUCAGCAUUCUAUGCACGAUCCAGGUUGGGUCGGGUGCGACUGCUGCAUCUUCCCAGUCACAUACAAACGAGACCAUGAACACGCUCAAGUUUGCCGCACGAGCGAAGAACAACAUUGUCAGCCACGCAAAACGUGCUGAAGAAUCUUUGGGCAGUGGUACAGGCGAUGCAGGCAGCAGGGUCUUGCUCGAGCGGUAUAGAAUGGAGAUCCAAUCUCUACGGCGUCAGCUUGAGAAUCAAGCCAAAGCUGAAACACCAACAAGCGCUACCGAAGCAGAAUCAAAAGAAGAAGAACGAGCUAGAGAAAAAGAAGCUGCGCUUCGUCACGAAGAACAAAUGCUGGAGAUGCAGCUCGCUCGCACUGCGCUGAAGGAACGAAUUGAGCAUCUAAAUAGGUUGAUCCUAUGUUCAAAAUCGACCGGCGUCAAUGCAAGUUUAGCGAGGUUCUCCUCGCAAACCAGCCCAGGAUCCGCGGAUGUUCGGUCUCUUCGAUCCUCUCUUUCACAUUCUACGCUGGGAGCCGGUGCAGCAUUAAACCGCUCUACGUCCCUUGCUUCGAUGAAAAGCAGUGCAAGCGCAGGUCAUGCUAAUUCAUCUUCCUCCUUUGCUCAUAACCACGACGACGAUGAUGAGAUGAUAGGUGAAUUCGCCGAUGGCAUGGCGAGCUUGCAGGUCCAAGUAAAUGCACUGCAGGCCGACCUUGCAGACAAAAACAGAUACAUCUCAACGCUUGAGCGUCGACUGCUUCAGGCCCGCCGAUCAAGUCAUUCUCGUGUUUCCAUGGGCCUGAACCACCACCACCACCUCAAGUCUUGUAGCACCACAUCUUCAAAUAACGAUUCGGAUCUUACUACUAUUUUGCGGGAGAAAGACAUGGAAAUCGCGGACCUACGACUACAGUUAGACGACAAAGACCGAAUGGUGGCAGCAUUGAGAUCGGCAGCGAGGCAAAGGGACAUGGCGCACCUCACUGGCGGGAGCACAAACCCAACAAGCCGAGCAGAUGCAGCGCCGACACCUCCACCGCUUCACCCACCGCCACCUGUGGGAGCGGAUUACAAGAUCAUGGGCAUUAACAACGCCAUAUUACCCCACAGCCACAACAACCAGAACAGCGAGACAAACUCAUUAUUUAGCAAUAGCGGCGCUGGCGCUGGCUUGGUAUUAGGACGGGUCAGCCCCAACCUUCUUCCACCAGUAAGACUAUCUGCCGAAGAAAGAGACAGGAAGCGGAAGAGCGUCGAUGAAAUGUCACGCAUGUUAGACGAGAUGAUUCAAGAUCGAGUCGAGAGCGGGCAUCUCAUUAAGACUUCCAAGGGUCAUAUGCGAGUUUCCAGUGCUGGCGUAUCACCCAAAAGCUGUGAAGGAACUCCACAAAGAACUACCAGAAUGUCAAGAAUGUCAACUGGCACAGUUGCAGAGCCGUCGUCAAGUAAUGACCUCUUCGCGGAUAUCAACUACAGCCAUUCUCGUACCAAGGACUCCAUUUCCACCGAUCCUGACAAUCAGCUUCGACGUGAUGAGGAGUCUUCAGAGAAAAAUGCAGAGUCCAUGGACGCUACCAUCGGCAAGCCACUCCUGAGGCCUAUGUCAUCGUAG